AUGGAGUUAGAGCCCGCAGGGAAGGCAAGGAAAUUGGACAUUCAAGAAUUGGAGGAAAUUCGUAAUGAUGCCUACGAGAAUGCUCGAAUUUAUAAGGACAAAACAAAGAUGUUUCAUGACAAAAAUAUAGUUCAAAAGCAUUUCUCAGUAGGACAAAGAGUUUUGCUUUAUAACUCCGUAUUAAAGCUAUUCCCAGUUGAAAUAGAGAGUGAAGAAUCAAGAAAGUGGUUCACAGUCAAUGGUCAACAGCUGAAGCCAUUUUACGAGAAUUUCCAGGCCCACACGGCCGAGAAAAUUCAAUUAGAACUACCAUAA